AUGGCAACGGGUGAUUUGAGGGGAUGUCUCCGGAAACUGGAAUUCCAUCUCCGCUCCCUGAAGUAUCCCAAAGAGGCUGAUUACGCUGGUUUGGCCAAAGGUGAUCCAUCAGCCUUUUUACCCAUUGUGAGUUACGCCUUUGUAUCCUAUUCAUCAUGUGUUGCUGAGCAUCUAGUAGAAUUUGGAGCGGAACUUGCUGGGAAGAACGACCAUCGGUUUGUUGAAUCUGUCUACAAGGUGCUGCGGGACCUCUUCAAUUACAAGCCGCUUCUGACCAAGGAGCAGUUUCUGCAGUUCGGUUUUUCGGAACGAAAGAUCAGCAUUCUCUGUGACAUCAUUGGCUUUGUGACCGAAAAGCACAGAGAGCUCUGUAAAACCAACAAGCCUAAGAGGAAGCCCCAUUUGCCAUCCUCUAAUCCACGCUCUGUACCCGAGGGUCCCGCUCUUGAGCCUGACUUUGUAACGUCCACGGCACUGCCAGAGCGACCCCCUAAGAAGCCCCUGGUGGAGAGGCACGUGGGUUUCAGCCUGCCAGCUCGGCCCCGCACCUCCUCAGACGAGUCGGCCUCCGGGGAGCCGGAUGGGGAGGAGGAGGAGGAGGAAGAGGAAGAGGCGGACGAAGGCUCUGAAGCAGAAGUGAUCUCUGCACGCUUCACCGCGGGUCCGGCGGACCCGGCCGUGGAGCAGAGGCUGCAGGCCCUGGAGCUCCAGCUGCAGGAGUGUCAGCGGAAGCUGGGGAUGCUGCAGGUGUUGAAGGGGAGGCUGGAACACCUGGAGCGGGACAUGGCCGGGAAGAUCGUCAUCGACCGGCAGGACUGGGAGAACCUGGAGAGCCGGGUGCUGCUGCUGGAGACCAGGCUGGCACUGACCCCAGUACAGAAACCCUCCUCGCUGCUCAGCGGUACCGCAAAUCACGAAGGAGCUGAUGCAGCAAGCCAGGAACCAACCGAGACGAGCGCCGAGACGCCAGAGGGCCUUCCUGCGGGCGGGGCCGGCGCGUCCCCCCACGCUGCCGCCAUCAAUCCCCGUGUUUUGACAGCGGUUCCAAAGGAGAACAUUACGGAGAGACUGGAAAGAAUAGCCAGACUGAUGGAGGACACGACCAGCCUUCUGAAAAGUGGGGAGCCCUCCAUGUAAACACAUCCAUUGUUUUGUCCAGGG